UCCUCCUACUCACCUUCACUACUCACUCCAUGUUCCUCUCUCUCAGAUCAUCUACUUUCUCUCUCUAUAUAUGCGCACACAUACCAUACAUACAUACAUAUAUAUACAUACACACACUGUAUAUAUUAGAUAUUAAUUUACAAUCCCAAAUCUCCCUCUCUCGCUCUAAAACCUUCCCAAUUUGAUGCAUCUAUUCUUGAAUUCGAAUCUAAUCAGGACCUUCCUUUCUUCUUCUUCUUCUUCUUCUUUGUUUCGAUCUCAUCGCUUCGAUUCUUUGUGGUCUGGUAAAUCUCUGUACAAUCCCUGUUGUAUCAAUUUUGAUCACAAACGAUUGACGACAAGAACUGCUACAAUGGCGACGACUGCGAAGCUCUCGUCCAUGGGAGGAGUAGCGGAGAACGAAGCAGGAAUCGCUAGGCGUUUCUGGAUCAAGUUCCGUAAAGAGUCGAUUCUUGCUCUGUACACUCCCUUCGUGGUCUGUUUGGCUUCCGGGAAUCUCAACCUCGACACUUUCCGCCACUACAUCGCUCAAGAUGUUCAUUUCCUCAAAUCGUUUGCCCAAGCGUACGAAUUGGCGGAGGAGUGUGCGGAUGACGAUGAUGCAAAAGUUGCGAUCAGCGAGUUGAGGAAGAGUGUCCUAGAAGAGUUGAAAAUGCACGAUUCAUUUGUCCAGGAAUGGGGCUCUGACCUGGCCAAAGAGAACACUCGUAAUUCUGCAACAGUUAAGUACACGGACUUUUUGUUGGCAACAGCCUCGGGAAAGGUUGAAGGAGUAAAAGCUCCUGGUAAACUUGCAACUCCUUUUGAGAAAACAAAAGUUGCAGCUUAUACUCUUGGUGCUAUGACUCCUUGCAUGAGGCUUUAUGCCUUUCUUGGCAAGGAGCUCCAAGCAAUUCUAGAUCCUGAUGGAAGUAGUCACCUCUACAAGAAGUGGAUUGAUAGUUAUUCAUCUGAAAGUUUCCAGGCAUCAGCUCUACAAACCGAGGACUUGCUGGAUAAAUUAAGUGUCUCUUUGACAGGCGAGGAGCUUGACAUCAUUGAAAAACUGUACCAUCAAGCAAUGAAACUUGAAAUAGAGUUCUUCUGUGCGCAGCCACUAGUUCAGCAAACUGUUAUUCCUCUGUCAAGAGUGCAUAAUCCUGAAGAAUGUCGUCUUGCGAUAUUCUCUGAUUUUGAUUUGACGUGCACUGUUGUUGAUUCAUCUGCCAUUUUGGCGGAGAUCGCGAUAAUAACAGCACCAAAAUCUGAUCAGAAUCAGCCCGAAACUCAACUUGUUAAAAUGUCAUCAGCUGAUCUGAGGAACACAUGGGGAGUUCUUUCCAGACAAUACACAGAAGAGUAUGAACAAUGCAUUGAGAGCAUUAUGGUCAAUGAGAAAGCUGAGAAAUUCAACUAUGAAAGUCUCCAUAGAGCACUUGAGCAACUUUCAGAUUUUGAGAAAAGAGCAAACUUAAGAGUGAUUGAAUCGGGGGUGCUCAAGGGUCUGAAUCUUGAAGACAUAAAACGGGCUGGAGAACGUCUAAUUCUUCAAGACGGUUGUACUAGUUUCUUCCAGAGCAUCAUAAAGAAUGAAAAGCUGAAUGCAAACAUCCAUGUGCUUUCUUAUUGUUGGUGUGGUGACCUCAUUAGGUCAGCCUUUUCAUCAGGGGGUUUACAUGUUUUGGAUGUACAUGCAAAUGAAUUUACGUAUGAAGAAUCUAUAUCGACCGGAGAAAUUAGUAAAAAGGUCGAGUCCCCCAUUGACAAGGUUCAAGCUUUUAGUGAUAUCCUACAAAAAUGUGGCAAUGACAGAAAGAACCUAACAGUUUACAUCGGAGACUCUGUGGGUGACUUACUUUGUCUACUCGAGGCAGAUGUAGGCAUUGUGCUUGGGUCAAGUUCAAGCCUAAGAAGACUGGGGAGUCAUUUUGGUGUUUCUUUUGUUCCGUUGUUCCCUGGUGUGGUUCAGAAGCAGAAAGAACAUACUGAAGGAAGUUUUAGUUGGAAGGGCCUAUCAGGCGUUCUUUACACGGUUUCUAGUUGGGCUGAAAUACAUGCUUUCAUUUUGGGAUCAUAAUGUCAACUUUUUGUGCCCCCACGAAGCCAGUCAUAUAUCUGUUAGGAAAAAUUAAGGAAUCGUCUUAUAUAAAAGAACACAAAGAUAUGAGUUGGUGGCUAAUUUUAUUAUGGGCCACGGGUCAGCUCUUCUUCCCUCUUCUUGUUUUUCUGCAGGGUCUUUCAUUCAGAGAUGUAAAUGUGCCCUUCUUUUGGCCGCAUAUGCCAAGUAUUGAGAGGUUUCGUGCCAAAAAGCAGUCUGAAGACGGCGUCCUAUCAUUUUCAAUUUUCAAAUGACGUUAUAUACUUUUGCUCUUACAGGUUUCUGCCAUUUGAUACUGGAAUGACAAUUUAUAUAAUACAAUAUUGUAUGGAUUUUCAUCUCCAAUGAUAUUGAAAGAGAUAAGUUCCUUUCUUGA